GCUGCCGGAUCGGCCGCCGCGCGCGCGUGGGCCGCACCGCAACCGGCGUCGCGUCCACGUCCACGACGUCGUCGCCUCGCCCGGAGUGGGAGGGGAGGGAACAGUGAAACUUCCUUUCCUCUGCUUCGCUUUCCCCUGCUUGGCUUGGGUGCUUCUGUUUGUGCGGUUGGUUGGACUCCGCCUCCCCUCUCGCCGUCGCGCGCCGUUGCCGCGCCCCACGACUUCCGCCCCCUCCACCCACCUCCGCCCCUACAUAUACGCGCCGGCCACAACCUCGUGCCGCACCGCCUACUUUCCUAGCUGCUCCGCCCGCCGCGCCCCGCGAAGCUGCUUGCUUUCUUGGUUUGGUUGGUGGGGUUGGGGCGGGAUUCGUCGCGGGUUCCGGCGCCGGUGCACUCGAUCCGGGGGGCCAUCGCCGUGGGCGGCGAUCCCGUCUGUCUUGCCAAGCUCAGCGGCCGCGCCGGAGGCGAGGGGGAUCGGCUCCGUCCCAGUGGUUCAGCUUCCGCCACCGCCUCUGAUUCUAGGUAGGUGCGCGCACAGGCUUUGAUUUUGUUCUGCUUAUGGUGCGGCGCAUCUCCAUCAGCAUGAUCUCUGUGGACGAGGAGUAGCAGUCCUCGCUCGCAAGUGUCCACCCCCUGUGGUUGCGUUCUUGUACUGGAUCAUGGCGAAAUUCCCAGCUGUCAGUCGCAGCGUGUUUAGAUUUACGAACGAAACCAUGAGGAUUGUUAUGGUAACCGUUAUCGGAGUGGUCCUUGGCUUCUUCAUUGGAAUUUCAUUCCCGUCGGUCAGCAUAACAAAGCUACACUUCCCAUCCAGCUUUGUUUCGUACAUAGAGGAGAGGAACUCUGGGCUCACGACCCAAGCUUUACUUAAUCAUGCCUGGAAUUCUGUCAGGAAUGCAAGGGAGAACACUUCCGAACCAAAUACAAACACUACUUUAAAGAUUUAUGUCCCGACAAACCCCAGGGGUGCAGAGAGGCUAGCACCAGGCAUUGUUGUGCCAGAUACCGACUUCCAUCUGCGCAGAUUGUGGGGAGACCCAAGUGAGGACCUGCCAUUCAAACCAAAGUACCUUGUGACUUUCACUGUUGGAUAUGCACAGAAAGAAAAUAUAAACAGAGCAGUGAAGAAGUUUUCUGACAAUUUUGCUAUCCUGUUAUUCCACUAUGAUGGUCGUGUGACCGAAUGGGAUGAAUUUGAGUGGUCAAAGCGAGCCAUCCAUAUCAGUGUCAGCAAACAAACUAAAUGGUGGUACGCCAAAAGAUUCUUGCACCCUGAUAUUGUGGCAGCUUACGAGUACAUAUUCAUCUGGGAUGAAGACCUUGGGGUCGAUCAUUUCAACGCAGAGGAGUACAUCAAACUUGUUAAGAAAAAUGGUCUGGAUAUCUCCCAGCCUGGCUUAGAACCUGACCGAGGACUAACUUGGCAGAUGACCAAAAGAAGAGGUGACCGAGAGGUCCACAAGGUGACAGAGGAAAGGCCAGGCUGGUGUGCUGACCCUCAUCUUCCACCUUGUGCUGCGUUUGUUGAAAUAAUGGCUCCAGUCUUCUCAAGGGAGGCAUGGCGAUGCGUAUGGCAUAUGAUUCAGAAUGAUUUGGUUCAUGGAUGGGGUCUCGACUUCGCCCUCAGGAAAUGCGUAGAGCCUGCUCAUGAGAAGAUCGGAGUCGUCGAUUCCCAGUGGAUCGUUCACCAGGUGGUUCCUUCUCUUGGGAACCAGGGCAAGGCGGAGGGCGGGAAGCCGGCAUGGGAAGGGGUGAGGGCGCGGUGCCGGAAGGAGUGGGGCAUGUUCCAGACGAGGUUGGCGGAUGCCGAGAAGGCCUACUACAAGAUGAUGGGCAUCACCCCUCCAAACUCCACACUUGUCUAGCUUAGCUGAUGACUCGUCUCGGUCCUCCUCAUCUCCAUGUUUUCUUUCGAUGGAUGACAUGACAAGCCCUGACUCCUCUACUAGGAUGAUGAAGAUGACGAUGACAACGAUGACGACGAUGAAUGUAUAGCUUUUAGAUGCAUGUAGAGUACAUGAUGGUGGUUAUGUAUCAACCAACAUUACAGUGCAGUUGUCGACUCAUGGUCCUUUCUGACUGUCGAUCUCAUGAGAGAAUUGGCUCGAGAAUUUCGAGAAACCUUGUCUUUUCGGAUUGUACCUGCAUAUAUGAUAUAUAUAUAAUACUACUGAACCAGAUCGCAUAA